UCUUUGCGCGCAAAACAGCUGUCAAUCGAUAGACAGAUAACCAAAACGCAUUUAUGCUCUACAAUUUAUGUAAACGCAAUUUUGAGUAUCUGUUGCGGGCUGCACGUUUUUUUUAAUAAACAAUUGUUUGCUUGCAUUUCUGCAAUACAUACAUAAUGUCGUCAUGGAAGAAGGCAUCGAAGAGCAAUCAGAAGGUGCAUCGCGAGCGCCAUCAGCCGGAGGCGCGCAAGCAUCUCGGCCUGCUUGAGAAGAAGAAGGACUAUAAGAAGCGUUCGAACGAUGCCCACCACAAGGAGAAGACUCUGAAGCUGCUCCACAAGCGGGCCAUGAACAAGAAUCCCGAUGAGUUCUACCAUCACAUGAUCAACUCGAAGCUCAAGGACGAUGUGCAUCACGAGAAGGAGGCCAAGGACGAGCACACGCCUGAGCAGCUGGCGCUCAUGCAGACCCAAGAUCUCAAGUACAUCAUAAUGAAGCUCACCAUGGAGCGACGCAAGCUGGAGCGCCUGCGUGCCGCGCUUGUCGAUGUGGACAGCAAAGCUGGCCAAAACAAACGAUACAUCUUCAAUGAGAAUGGUGUCCGGAAGGCAGCGCCACCCGCCACGCUGGGCGAACGUCUGGAGGCAAGCGAAAAUGCUGAGGCGGGCACCCGAACCCACAAACAGCAGCUGCUGAGUGAGCUAAAGAAGCGGGAGCAGCGGGUACGUGAGCUAACCAUUGUUCAGGAGAAGCUGGAGAUGAAGCAUGCGCUCAAGAAACCACGCCUCCUCAAGCCCAAGAAAGAAAAGCCCGGCACUAAGGAGAGUGCACCCGUCUAUAAAUUUCCAUAUGAGCGCAAGAAGUAGAUUUAGUUAGUUCAUAUAUAAAAAUUUCUAUUUUUUUAGAUGCAAAAAUAAACAAUGUAUUGUGUAAGAAAUAAUGUGAAAAGAA